AUGGCCUCGAAUCUUGGGGGAUCGCAGACCUCCUUGGUUCCAUCACGCUCCUCGUCAAAGGAAGGCUCUAUUCCACCCCUGACGCGCUCUGCGACCUUGCCCGACCUCUCGAGCAGCAACAACAACUCGCCGCGCGCCUCGCGCUCCCAUCUGGCGCCCGAAGAUGCCUUUUUUGCUAGCUCGCCGCCGCACCAGAUCAAUGCCUUUGAGAGCAAUUCCCGCUACGACUCGGGCCCCGAUUCCCGAAGACGUCUGCGCUCCAACAAACUCGGCAGCCGGAGCAGAAGUCGGCGCCGCCAGAGCAAACGCACCUGGAAGAAGAUUCUUUGGGUGAAACAGUCCUUUCCUGACAACUAUACCGACGCGACCACCUUCUUGGACAGUCUGCAGCGCAACCCGCGCCUCCAGCCGUACGACUUUUGGCCGCUGGUCGCCGAUACGACCGUUAUUGUGCAACAAGUGUGCUCUGUCACCAUCUUUGUCGUCUGUUUCGUCGGUAUAUUCACCGAGAGGGUGUCGCCCGUGACAAUUGUAGGAUGGAGCAGCUUCGCCACGUUUCUGGGCUGGCUGCUAUGGGACUGGUGGAUAGGACAAGAGGGCGAGGAUGAAGUGUUACAAAGGCAAAACAGUCUGCGAAGCCGCGGCGCCCGACACCAAGCCAGACAAGAGAACAGUAGAAGUUCUACAGCGGCGCCAACGCCCUCUGCCGCAAGUUCCGUGACGAACCUGGGCGCAACCGAGCGAGCACAGCCGCAGAAUACACUGGGCGUGAUGCGCCAGCAUGGUGGAGGAUCUGCAAUAUCGUUGCAGUCAAGCACCUCGCUCAGCAGUCAUCAGGGCCACCAGAACGAGCCGCCAAUGGGUCCCAAGCAUCGUCCUUCAGCUCCUCUACAGAGCGGUCGAUUAAGCCUUCGGCUGAGCACCAUCAAGUCUGCUGUUCUCAUUUACUUUACCAUCUUGGGUCUUUCGCCCAUUCUCAAAUCUCUGACGAGAUCCACCUCGCCCGACAGCAUCUGGGCCAUGUCGUUUUGGUUGUUGACCAUCAACAUAUUCUUCUACGACUAUUCGGGCGGUGUUGGUGUCAAGUUUCCCGCUUCUCUAUCUACAAAUGCCGCGCUCAUGGCUUCGACCGUGCUCGCUUCUCGGCUGCCAUCCACCGGCCAGGUCUUUAGCCUCACACUUUUCAGCAUAGAAGUCUUUGGGCUCUUUCCAGUAUUUAGGAGAUAUGCAAGGCACAGAAGCUGGCAAUAUCACGUCAUAUUGUCUGCUCUGUUGGUCAUUGGUGCUGGCGGCGGAGUUGGUCUGAUACUAAGCGACAAGAGAGAUACGGGUUUUCCAUGGAAGAACGGGCUAUUGGGCAUGAUUGUCGGUGUCCUCAUUGCAGUAGUGGCCAUGGGCGCGUCAAGUUGGUGGCUGAUUGGAUUGCAAAAGUACAAGAAUGCCAUGAAUGGACCAUGGGAUCAAGCUAGACCAAUUAUCAUCAGCCGCCGGGCAUGGGGCGAUGAUUGA